UUUUUUGCCCUUUUUUCCCGCUUCAUUUAUUGGUCUUUCGUGUGGUUUUUUGUUCCCUUGGAUUGGAGUUGGUUUAAUUUUUGAGUAUUUAGGUUAUAAUUUCGUCACAAUUUCUUUCCCUUUUUUUUUUUAUUGAUCGGACUCUUCGUUCUUGGUGUACACUUCGACUAGUUUCAUCUGUUUGAUUAGAGAUUUUAAAUAAAUAAGAGAUUCUUGGUGGAUGGUGAUGGAUUUUUACGGCUCAUACAGAUCUUCUUAGCUCAGUUUCCUUCUUAUUUUCAUGUUGCGAGCGGUAAUUUGCUGAAAUGAUUAGAAAAGAUUCGAUUUUUACCAACACAAUCGAAGUUGGGAAGCAUAUAUGGAGGUGAUCAUUGAAAGGGCUCGUGAUGAACAACGAGCGCAAUAAGGUUGUUUAUGAUCUAGACCUUAAUUCUCCUCCCGCAGAUAGCCAAGAAGGGAAUUUGACCUCGCAGGAUGACGCCGUAUCUGCGGCAACCUCUGGCGCUGUCAACUCUCAUCCCCUGCCCAAUAUAGGGUCAUAUUGCACUCCGAUCAUUGUCGAUUCGGAUGAAGCUGAGAUGCUCUCUGUGCCCACUGGGUUUCCCCAGAUGAGGAACCCGUCUACGAGUAGCAUGAUGACGAUUGUCUUUGAUGAAGAUGUGGAAAUAAUAAAUCCGAGACAAUCAGUGAAUGUUACGAAAGACCCGCCAGCCACAUCGCCUCUCUUCACUGACAACAAGUGUGAGAGUGUUCCACCAAAUACGACCCUAAUGAACUGCGGUCACUUGCAGGAUACAGAUGCAGCUCGCAGUCCCAAGAAAAGGAAUGUAACAAGACCAACACAGGAGCCAGCAAAGGUUGUUUCGAAUGAACCCAAUGACGAGCCGGUGAAGGUAGUUCCAAAGAAAGACAAGGAGCCCGAAAAGAUGCCCGAUACGGAGCCACUAAAUAAACCUAUUGAGGAGCCUGCGAAGAAACCUAAUUCGGAGCCUGCCAACAAGUUUCCCACCAUGACCUGCCCCAUCUGUUUGCACCCACUGGUCAAGGCUUCAUCGACCAUUUGCGGCCAUGUAUUCUGCACCGGCUGCAUCAAGGAGGCCAUUCGGGCUUUCAAGAAAUGCCCAACUUGCAGAACGAAGCUUACGAUAAAAAACGUACACCCAAUUUUCCUGCCGAGAUGACUGUCUGGCUGAGGUUGGUUUGCCGUGCGUCGAGGCUGUCUCUUUCCGAAAACCGCCCCCUACCAAAUUUGCUCCAAUUAACUGCAUAUUUGGGUUGGUUUCUUUUCUCCUGUUUCAUGGAUUAGCCAGAUGGUUUAGCUAGCAGCUCUAUUUCUUUUCUGUAUAGGAUGCCAUCAUUUGAGAAACAGAAGAGCUGUUCUUUUCCCCUUUCUUUUUUUCGGUCAAUUGUAUAUAUGCUUACGCAAAUUCUGGUAAUGCAAGAGAUUUCACAAA